UCCGGACCAUAAGAUGAACUGGCACUCACUAAAGAUGCAGGGCCCGGAGCAGAUUUCCCAUUUACCAGCCACAGCAAUUAGUGGACUCAAAAUACCCCCUGUUUAAUUUCACUUUCUUAGCAGCUGAUUUGCAGUAGAAAAGACAAAUUGAAGACGCGCUGGCUGACGGCCACAGUGGAAAGAUGAAUUGACAUACUUAGAUACCAGCCACAGCAGUCAGGAUUUACAAGCACUUGACUGGAGGCUUGAAUUAAUUUGAAUCCUUGCAGAUGUGCAUAUAUCCUCACACCAUCUUAUUAACGGAACAACAUAAUUUAAGAAUAUUUGUAGAGUCAGAGUGCAGAGUCAGUCUUCUUCCAGCUUUGCUCUAUUCCAGCAAAGUAAAUAGUCUUAUUUUAGGGUCUAGUUCACUGCGAGGAUGUGAGAUACCAUCCAUAUUUACCAAAUAGCAUCCACAGGGGGUUUGAUGUUGACAGUCACACACUGAGCCACAGACAGUUGGGAGCUCCCUGCCUGCAGAAUAUCAAAACAAAAAAGCCAGACAGCAGCAUCUGGCUAAGUCUCAGAGAAGAACAGAGAGUAGUUUUUCGCAUAAUGAAUCUAUUUUACAUCUGAAGGGACGUCUGAAGAAGUACAACUGUCUGAUCUAAUGUUUUUGCUGUCGCACCUGUGCACAGUCACGACUCUCCUUCUCCCUCUAUCUAUCUUUAAAUACAUGUUGUCUUUGGAUUAGAUAAUGCCUUUCUUUAUCCUGCUACUAUCCGGAUGCGGUCCACCCACUCCUUUGCUCCUUAGGUCUUUCCAUUUGGAGGGAGCUCUGUUAUCUGUAGCCCCAUCUGUCAUGCGGAUUUAGAUAAAUAAAUAAAUCUGAAUGUCAUUGUCAUGAUGACUUUAAUGCUUAAUACUCCACCCCGAUCUGUGCAUAUUGUUUGGUUAAGGGCUGACAUAUUUGAUAUUUCAUAAGCUCAUAAGUAUCAGAUCUCUGUCUCACUUGAUUAAUCUGCAAUACUAAUCUGCUGAAUUGAUAUUGAGGACCAUUAUUCUCUUUUAAUGAUUAGUUUUUGAUUUAGAUUUAGUUUGUAUAACCAGUUUGGAGUUCCUCUAUAUGACAUUAAUGACACUGGUUGAUGAAAUUACAAAUAAAAAGUGAUUCGAUAGCAUUUGUUGUCUGACUAUGAAAAUCAUUUCAGACUGAUUUUGGACACCAGUACACCCUGCAUGUGUCAGCAGAUGUCCCCACGCACACACACCCACACACACACAUACACACACAGGAAAUCUGUCAAUCCUGGCUAAAAAAACUCUGACAGAUGACUCAUUCUUUGCUUUUGCUCCAGGCAACAUCUGCAACUCAGUGCCUCCGCUGUCAUUAAGCCUCUCCAGCUUUAAGGUAGAAGCCCUAAUGGUGGACAAUCAUAAAGCAGGAAACACACGGCCAAACAAGGGAAUAAAUGCCUGAAAAUGUCAUGGAUAUCUACCUCAUAUGUCGUCACAUGCAGGAGGUUAUGACCCCUGCUUGAUUCUGUGGGAGGGGCUCCGUGAUGCUGAUGCCACUAAUGGAUUGCUGUAAAGUUUAUACAUGCAGAGCGGGGAUGUUUUGAUCUGAUCACCUCAGAGCUCAUUGGUGGUGUUUUUUGGAUUUUUUUACUGUUUACCUCAUUUCAUUGUCUCCUCAGUGAAAGUGGUUUGGCUGAGUCUAAUUUGCAGCAGGAUUUUAUUUGAAGGAUCUCUUUGUGAUUCAAGCCGAUGUGACCUACAGGACCGUAAGAAGAUUGAAUACUGAAACAGGAAUUAUCAGAUAAAGCAGUCGCAGACUGAGAAAUCUGACUGAAAAGAUCCGGUGAAUCACCACCUAUAAACCAUCUCACCAUGGAGCACUCCCCUUCUAUGAACUCAGCGGUGGAUGGAGACGAGGUGGAGGACCAUCGCCCCCUCCUGCCACCCAGGAAUGUCCCUCCACCUCAGGCCUGUCCUCCUCACUGUGGGAUACACCAAAACAUCCAAACAUCAGCCAAUCAGACCGUGUGGCUGGACAGAACCCAGGCCAUGGCCACCACACCUUUAUACAACGGCCACCUCUAUGUCCCACCUUCACCUCGCUCCAACAGGAGAGGAGACAAAGGCAAAGAGAAGAAAUGUGAGAAAAAGUCAGGGGGGAGUCGACAAAAUCCGGCACACAAGCAGCGUAAUCACCAGUGCAAAUCCAAAAAGCCAGCAUCUCACAGACUCCAGGAGAAAGUUACCUCUUUCAUUGACAUCUCAGUGUCUCCCUGCGGGUCACACUUAGAUGUCAGGGAUGUUGAAGGCAGAGGGCGGUGCAAGUCAGCCAGCGUUUCCUUGGAGAUGCACAACCGCCAGAGUCUCCCAGAGAUCAUCAUCACCAGCAAAGACGACGACCUGCAGUCGCACAAUGAGACAUCUCAGUAUCACCAGGACCUGUCUGAGGCCAAAGGCCUGCUGCCAGAAGCCCAGCAUCCCAGUCCGAGUCCAAGUCCAAGUCCAAGUCCUCAGCCCAGCCCAAAACACAAGGCAUCCGACAAGGACGACAGCUACUGGAAGACCCACAGCAUUGGCUGGCGGCUGGUCCACAGGAGGGCUCUAUUUUUGAGGAGGCAGCGCCUGAACGACUGCGCCCUUGUGGUGGGGCUAUUCGGGGUGGUGAUGAUGGUGAUGGAGACUGAGCUCUCUUGGAGCAUCUACAGCAAGAGCUCCAUCUACUCCCUCGCACUCAAGUCCAUCAUCAGCCUCUCCACGAUCAUCCUGCUGGGCCUCAUCAUAGCGUACCACUGCUGUGAGGUGCAGCUCUACGUUCACGACAUUGGCGCAGAGGAUUGGCGGAUUGCCUUGACAACUGACCGCGUAGCUCUGGUAGCCCUGGAGGUGGCUGCGGCAGCCAUUCAUCCCUAUCCAAUGGGUCUGCUGACGUACUUCCAGCAGACCUUACAGCACACCAAGUCUCACCUGUCGCCGUUAGAGACAGAGCUGGAAAUCAUGCUGGCUCUGCCCAUGUUCCUCAGGCUCUACCUGCUGGGCCGGGCCAUGAUGCUGCACAGCCGCCUUUUCACUGACACCGCAUCUCGCAGCAUUGGAGCGCUCAACAAGAUACACUUCAACACCCGGUUUGUGGGGAAAACACUAAUGACCACCUACCCAGGGACUGUGCUGAUGAUUUUCAGCGUGUCUCUGUGGAUUGUCGCAGCGUGGGGCUUACAUGUUUGUGAGAGACACCACAACCACAGAGACCUGAGCAGCAACUACAUGGAGGCCUUGUGGAUGGUCUCUGUCACCUUCUUGUCCAUCGGUUACGGAGACGUGGUGCCUCACACCUACUGUGGUCGUAGCAUCUGCCUCCUCACUGGGAUAAUGGGAGCGGGCUGUACGGUGCUGGUGGUGGCGGUUGUUGCUAGGAAGCUGGAGUUGACCAGAGCAGAGAAACACGUUCACAACUUCAUGAUGGACUCCCACAUCUCCAAGAGGACAAAAAUUGCUGCAGCGAAUGUGCUGAGAGAAACUUGGCUUAUCUACAAACACACUAAGCUGUCAAGAGAAAGACACCACACCAGAGUCCGCAUGCACCAGCGGAAGCUGCUCCUGGCCAUCCACCAGCUUCGGAAAGUGAAGAUGGAGAAGCGGAUACUUGCAGACCAAGGUAGCUCACUUGUAGACCUCUGCAAGGUGAGAGAGAUGCAGAGCAUGAUGUAUGAUGUGCUGUCGGAGGUGCAGGGCUGCAGGGGGGAGCUGGAUUCACACAUCCACAGCCUGGAGAAACACGUGGAGGAGCUGAGGGAGGGCUUCAGGAGCCUGAUGCCGCUCCUGUCCAGCACCCUGUCCACGCAGAACUCCUCCAUCCGCCACUUGCUCAGGGAGAGGGAGGUGAAGACAGAGACUGCCAGUGCGAGUGUAGACAGGUAGAGGGAGGCGAUGGAGAAGUAAAAGCUCUCAGGUGCUCCUGGAGGAGUUAUCUACCUAUAACGCAGCUAAAAUUAUGUUGGGAUACUUUUUCUUACAGGGGUGGAUAGAUGUUAACAGGCUGUACAGAGGUAUAUUGUAGGUGGCACCAUUUUCUGUAGCAGAAACCAAAAUGUGUACAUUAGUUUUUAUUUACUUAUGAGUUUUCCUUUUCUCCUGGAGUGACAGGAAAAUGAACAUUAUCAAUGUCAGAACAGAGAACAUAAAUUGGUAACCUUUGACAAAAACUGAAUUUUUAAACCAGUUCCAAUUAUUAACCAGAUAUUUGAUUUACUUUCCCCUAAAUUGAGUAUUUUUGACAGAUAAAAACUCAUUUUCCAAGAUGUGGAGAUGGUAAUUUGUUUCCUGAUGUUUUAUAGGCCAACUGAUUAAUAGAGAAAAUGAAUAACAGUCAUUGCACUUUAAUACAUUAUCUCAAUCAGAAAAUAAGCCUGAUCAUUCCCAUGUCAGUGAGUAGCUUUACCUGCAAAUGGUGCAUUUUUCUGAUAAACAUAAUUUAAUACAGUUUGGUAUACUAAUAUAAAUAUGUAAUCUUACUGAAUUGUUAAGAUAACCUGUAGUACCUUCUAAUAAAAAUGUAAAACUGCCUUUGUGUUUUAUAGUUAAUUCAAACCAUUUCUUGAUAAGAGGAAAAUAACCACACACCAACCAUUCCAUUAGCCAAAACAAUAUUUUAUUAAGAGAGACAGGGUUGGAGGGUGGAGUUACAGCAACAACCGAUCUGACGACGUAAACAGUGCAAAUCCAUUUGCUGCCCAGUCCGUCUUCAGGUCU